UUCCUGGCAUUCCUCUCAGACGUGUCAUGACAUCAGUUAUCUCCGUGCGGUGCACGGUGUGUGUUUGUUUCUGCGGUUCUCUCGUUAUUUCGCAGGAAAGAGCAGAAUUCUCUCGUUUCGUGGUUCAUAUCUGGGUAGUGGGUAGUGGAGCAGGAGAGCAGGGGCAGUGGGAGUGUGGGCAGGCAGCUCGGCAGCAGGAGUCGCUGGAUCGCUGUGGGUUAGCUCACCGCUGCUAAUAGACACCAGGAGGAUCUCAGCCCUGCUGUUCAGUUAUCGGGCUGAGGAUUUCUGCCCUGCCUUCACAAAUCAAGGAUUACACGGUCUGCUGUGGAGGGGACUGUCUCAGCUUCAUCCAUGUGAUUCAGAGGAUCCCCACUGGUGUGAGAGACCGAGUUAAAGGGGCAGAGGAGGAUAAUAAGGAAUAGCAGCGCGUUUUUAGAUCUCAUCUCAAGUCCUGAUGUUACAAAAAUGAUGCCAAUGAUUCUGACGGUGUAUCUGAGUGAUGGUGAGCAAGCUCUGACAGAGGUGCCCAUCACUCCAGAGACGACGUGUCGUGAUGUGGUGGAGUUCUGCAAGGAACCAGGGGAGAGCGGCUGCCAUCUGGCUGAAGUGUGGCGUGGCAAUGAAAGAGCAAUCCCCUUUGACCACAUGAUGUUUGAACACCUGCAGAAAUGGGGCUCCAGGAAGCAAGAGGUCAAGUUCUUCUUGCGUCAUGAAGACUCGCCAACGGAGAGCAGUGACCAAGGGAGCCAACAGUCUCAGGAGCAAGCUAACAGAAGAACUGGAAGCAUCUCAGAUAAACACGUGGAGAAUGGGGUGGGGAACCCUCGCGUGGAGCUCACUCUCUCAGAGUUGCAGGAGAUGGCCACGCGACAACAGCAGCAGAUCGAGGCCCAGCAACAGAUGCUCGUCGCUAAGGAACAGCGUUUGCGAUACCUUAAGCAGCAGGAACGGCGGCAGCAGCAGGCUGUGUCUGAGACUGAGAAACUGCAGAGGCUAAAGGACAGAGUGGAGAGCCAGGAAGCAAAACUCAAAAAGAUCCGAGCCAUGAGGGGCCAAGUGGACUACAGCAAAGUUAUCAACGGCAACCUGUCUGCAGAGAUCGAGCACAUCAGCGGGCUGUUCCAGGAGAAGCAGGCUGAGCUGCAGGCGGCCGUGCUGAGGGUGGAUCAGCUCAGCCAGCAGCUGGACGACCUAAGAAGGGGCAAGCUCAAUGGCCUGCAGACCCUGGGGGGCCAUGUCACCGGCACUGCUGCCCUGGAGCUUCGCAAACUCUACCAGGAACUGCAGAUCCGUAACAAGCUGAACCAGGAGCAGAACAGUAAGCUGCAGCAGCAGAAGGAGCUGCUGAACAAGCGCAACAUGGAGGUGACGCUGAUGGACAAACGCAUCAGUGAGCUCCGGGAACGCCUCUAUAAGAAAAAAGCUGAGGCACGUCAAAAAGAGAACCUGCCUUUAAAUCGAGCAAAUGGCCCUCCUUCCCCUCAACCCGCUCCAGGCAGUACAGGCCGAGUGGCAGCAGUCGGACCCUACAUCCAGGUGCCUGUGCCAACACGCCCAGAAAGUGGCUACAUGGUUCCCCCAGACCCCCUCAAACCUCAGACACUGGGCGUGAACACACCAGCUAACAAUGCUCAAUCCAAAUCAGAUGGAGUGAGAAAACCUCCCGGACCCUGGAAGGUCUCUGAUUUAGACAUCAUAGUGGAUCCACUCCCGUCGUCCCCUUCAGAGUCUGGCCCGGGCCCCGGGGCCCCUGCCACCACCUCCUCCACAGCGGGGCCGGACGGAGCCUCUCCUAAUGAAUCUGGGUGGCCCACCCUCAGCAAAGGCAAUGCAUCACUCAAGCCGCCAGACUGGAAGGAGUCAGUGGGAGACCCCUCAAGCAAAACCGUUUCUCCGGCUGGCACCCCAGCUGAUAAGAUUCCAGACCUAAACAAACUGGGCUCUGCUCCUCCUCCUUGUAAGCCCCAGCCUCCUCCAUAUGGAGCCCACACCAGUUCUCAUCCCCUCUCCUCCGCUAACUCUGGCUCUACCAGCUCAUUGGACCGCCGCAAGGAUGUCCCCUUACGCCCUGUGCCAGGCCAUCCGACCAACCCCCCAGGUACCAACCCACCGCCUCCUCCAGCCUGGCCCCGCGUAGGUUCCUCCACCGGUUCUUCCUCACAGCAGAUCCAGCAGAGAAUCUCAGUCCCACCCAGCCCUACCUUCCAGCCCAGCUCGCCCCUUUUUCCACCAGGAGAAAGACCUGACCCUCCUCUGGCUGUGGCUGUGCGUCCAUUUAUCCCAGACAAGGGCUCUAGACCACAGUCGCCCAGGAAAGGCCCAGCCACCAUGAACUCCAGCUCCAUUUAUCACAUGUACCUGCAGGGGGUGCCCAAGAACUAUCCAUUUGGAAACAAGCCUGCUGUAAAAGCUGGUAAAAUGAUGUAUGGAAAACCAGUCCUCCACUCCAGCUCCACUCCUCCCUCUCCCUUGCCCUUCUCAGGCUCUGGGGCUUUCCCGGGGCUGAUUGGUGCUGUAGGGGACAUGGCAGACGGUGACCUGGAUCUUGAGGGCCAGAUGGUAGGUCUCCCAGAGGUGCCUCCUCCCAUGGUGGACCACAUCCCCCGGCCGCUCAGCCCGACCAAACUCACCCCCAUGGUCCACUCGCCCAUGCGCUACCAAAGCGAUGCAGAGCUGGAGGCACUACGCAAGAAGCUGGCCAACGCUCCAAGACCACUCAAAAAGCGCAGCUCCAUCACAGAGCCUGAGGGUCCGAGCGGGCCCAACAUCCAGAAGCUCCUCUAUCAGCGCUUCAACACCCUGGCUGGUGGAAUUGAGGGAGGAGUUGUAGGAGUCGCAGGAAGUGGAGGAGCGACUCCGUUCUACCAGCCAGCAGGAGCUGCAGGUGAGGCGCCGUCUGACGCAGACAAUGGAAACCCACCCUCAGAAUCACCAGUCACACCUCUCACCGGGACUGAGGGGACGCCCCCCGACGCCCUACCUCAGAUUGAUGCAAACGAUAACCAACCCAUCCAGCCAGAACCUGAAACACUACUCCCACCAGCACUGGAGCCAUCAGAGGACGAUGACAACAACAACAACCCUGCAGAGUCCUCUGCUACCCUGCCCAGCCCUGUGCCUGAGGCCAGCUCACCACAAGAGGCAGCAACCUCACCAUCAUCUCAGCCUACAGAAAAGCGCACUAACCUUAAGAAGCCUGACUCUGAGAGGACGGGCCACGGCUACAGAGUAAAGUUCAACCCCCUGGCUCUGCUCCUGGACGCCUCACUGGAGGGAGAGUUUGACCUGGUGCAGAGGAUCAUUUACGAGGUGGACAACCCGAGCACCCCCAAUGAUGAGGGCAUCACACCCCUACACAAUGCCGUGUGUGCUGGACACCACCACAUUGUCAAGUUCCUGCUUGAUUUUGGAGUUAAUGUUAAUGCAGCAGAUAGUGAUGGCUGGACCCCCUUGCACUGCGCUGCCUCCUGCAACAGUGUCCAUCUUUGCAAGAUGUUGGUAGAAUCUGGAGCUGCCAUCUUUGCCACCACUAUCAGUGAUGUGGAGACAGCAGCGGACAAGUGCGAGGAGAUGGAGGAGGGAUACAUCCAGUGUUCACAGUUCCUCUAUGGCGUGCAGGAGAAGCUGGGUGUGAUGAAUAAGGGAGUUGUGUACGCUCUGUGGGAGUAUGAGGGGCAGAGUGCCGACGAACUUUCCUUCCAGGAGGGAGACACCAUUACCAUCCUCCGCAGGAAAGAUGACAAUGAGACAGAGUGGUGGUGGGCAAGACUUAAUGACAAUGAGGGCUAUGUGCCUCGCAACCUGCUUGGGCUGUACCCCAGAAUAAAGCCACGUCAGAGGUCCCUGGCAUAACCAGCUGCUUCUCUCCAGUGUGACUGACUGGACUGCUGUCUGGAGGAGUUGGACCUCCACCAUUCGCCCCCUUCUUUCCUCUCCUGCUGCUGGGGCGAAGCUGCUAAACCAUGUUCCCUGAUGGGGGCAAAAUCAACAACACUACACACACAUACAUACAUACACACUCACUCACUCUCAUAGAUACAUAAAUACAUACAUACACCAUAAUAAAGGCCAAACAAGAAGCCUCAGGUCCUAAAAUCUGCCCACUACCCUCAUCACCUGGCCUCAUUCCCUCCUCUCCUCUCCUUAAGACUCGGAUUCGACCGAGCGUCAUUCAACAUGUAUCAUAGCCACUGCACAUUCCUUUAUGGAGAUCAAAGCACUACCUACUUGGUUUUAUAGCUUUUGUUUUAUAUUGUUGUUUCCGCUUGCAUUUUUAUCUGGAGAUUUUUAGCUCAUUAUAGUUUAUUAGGGUGAUGCUGGAAACAUGCAGGCUGGAUCAGCCCAAGCGCAGCUGCUUUCGCUUCCUUUUUCUGAACCUUGGUUCAGAGAGGGAAUUUUAAUGCUGUGGUUAAGUAAGCAUUUGUACUAAAAGUCAUGCUUAUUACUUUAAAAGCUAAGAGGGGAAAACUGGAUUAACAUUUAGAAGGCAUUUUCUUGGUGUAUGAAAAGUUGAGGAAUGAAUGUGAAAUAUGAGGUGAUCUAAUGUGUGCACGAAGAAAGAGCGUUAUAUUAGGUGAAAACAAAUAUAUGAGUAUAUGUAUAUAGUAAUUGGAACAAGUUAUUAUAACUAAGAAAGGGGUUCAUAUUAUGUUCAUUUAAGCAAGGAGAUUAAAAUGCACAGUGUUAUCUGUGUGACUGGCCUGUACUCUUUAUAGAGAGUGGAGUGUGAAAAGCGUGCAUGAAUGAGAGAUUUUUAUGAUAUGCAGUAUAAGAAAUUUUAAGGACUGUGUGUGCGUGUGGGUAAUGUGAGAAUGACCGUGUGAGAGUGAAGAGUGCAAGAAGCCAAGCUUGUGUUUCAGUACCAUUAAUAGUAAUAAAACUGGCAGUGCGAGGUCGAAGUGAACAAAACAUGCUGUGACGAUAAAACAAGGCCAUGCUUAACACACUACGUUGGUUUGCAGCCUUGGAAACAUGGCUUGAAAGCUUUUCUACACUACGAAAACAGAAGGCAUGGUUUAAAUGCAUAUUUACUUUAUUUUACACUACAUAUUUUUCUUUUGUUUUUUUUAAACAUCGCAUUACAUUCCCUGUUCCAUUCCCCUCCCGGUCUUGCUCAAGAAACUUGUGAGCUGGUCUUUGUGCCCUGCCUAUGAGGCAGUAAUGAGCUUUACCAUGGAGUACACCUGUAAAUACUGUGAGGAGGCUCAGAGAGUGUUGGAGUCUGCGCUGAAGGACUUACCUGCUUGUGCAGAUCUCUGUAUGGCGUUCAGAUACGAAAACCCUGCCUCCUGUUCUUAACAUGUGCACAAAUAAAAAUAAACAAGUUCUGGGAAGACAA